UGUACGUGUUUUAUUGACAUUGCUUAUCGAAAACGCGUGCAUAAGGCACCAGUCGCGUGUAGAUCUGGAUCGGGAAUUUUUUUGUCGCGUACGCACUUGUACCUGCGAAAAAAAUCUUUUUGUGUGACAAACUCCGGUUGCUUGUAGUGUCUAACACAGUGCGUACUAUUCAUUGUGCUUCUCUUUUAUCAUUGUGCUACUUCUACCACUUGUGUGCCUUUCCUCUUCUCUUCGUCCAUUCCUUCUGCUUCUUCAUGAGUACCCUUGAUGCUUUUGGAUUCCAUACACAGAAACAUGCACCACAGCAGCAGCAUGCACCGCAAUCCAAAGGAGAAUCUGCACAACAACGAGUAAAGUCCAUUGCUUUCGACGCUGGAACCGUCGACGCUUCUUCCUCUACUCCUUCCUCCUACAAGCAUUCCGCACUACAUCAACAACAUCAAGCUGUGCCCUGGCUCAUCACUACUGUUACAACGAGAACUAGACAAUCUACUUUGCCCUUGGCCAUGACAAAAACGCCAAAGAAAUGCGGUAAAGGACCAACGGCACGGCCAGUAGCAGCAACAAAAAAGCCAGUAACGGGACCUAUCACGCGUUAUUUCACAGCCAAGCAACAAGACGCCUCUAUGGAGAUUGAUGCAGAUCAACGGCGAGUGCGAAAACAACUGUCUUUUCAGGAAUUAUGGCAGCGGAUGGUUCAAGAGUACAGCCAGCACCGAAACAAGAAUGAAGACGAUGAUUGUAAUCUAUUAAAGCAAUCCAGUCGACGACGAAAGCAUGACGACGAUAGUGACGAUAAUAUCAAUAACGACGAAGAGUGCUGCGCAGUGGCGGUGACAAAAAGCACGUUGCGACAAGGACGACAGGCUACCAAAAAGACGAAAAUUACAGUAGAUCACGAAUUCUUGCUAAAGUUCCAACAAUUAUUAACGGUCAAUAACCCUCCACUGUACAAGAUACCAUUGGUUGAGAAUAAGGAUGAAGAGCAAGAACAGCAACAAAUCGUUGUUGUAACGGUACGACGGCAGCUGACAGCGGACGAAUCGAUUGCUUUCCUCAAGCAGAUUGCGGACGAGCUAUUGUUAUGAUGUUCAUAAUUCCCCUGCGCUCCACAACAACGACAGAAAAAAUUGUGUAAAUAUACCUUUGUUUUUUAUUUUAUUUUUCUCGUAGCGCCAUAUAUGCAUGCAUGCGUGCAUGUGUAGCGUUUUUGCUAAUAUUGUCUAUUAUCCCGAAUCAAUUGCACAAUCUGUUUGACCCUGAUAAUAAUCAUAAUAAUAAUAAAGCAAGCAUAUUAUUUUUUAAAAGCAAAAGGAGAACUGAUUUUUUGGAGAAAGUGAGUAAUAGAUAGACAAAAGAGAGAAAUGCAGAGAGAAGAUUAUACAAAGAGAGAUAGAGAGAGAGAGAGGAGAGAAAAUGGGAUAUAAUUGUUGAGGGUAUGCCUUUGAAGGUGAGAUGAAGCCAGGUAGUAGUUUGGUUAAAGAUGAAAUGAU